UACUACGUAUGGUUUUCGAAUCGUGUUCCAAUAUUUGUAUCUCCAGUAUGAUGGUGAUGAAGUCCAAAUAGGGACAGGUAACGAUCCGUCUGACAUACAGUCUGUCAUCAAAACUAUCCCUGGAUAUACACGAUACGCUCGUGAUGAUCUCUAUGUAGGUACCAAUGAGAUGUGGUUUACUAUCAUAGCAACAAAGAGUUUGACCAGGGUUAGAAUCGACGUUGAGAUCAUCGCCAUUGACCUAUCAACCUUAUUUGAUUGUUCGAGCUCCAACAUGAGCGUGUCACCGACUGUCCUGUGCGAUGGGAUUUACCACUGCGAUCACUUCGAGGACGAAUUAGCAUGCAAUAAUUCAGCUACAUAUCUGCAGGAAGACGAAUCACAUUUCAUAAACAUGCCUUUCACCAGCACCAGCCGAUUGUACAAUGCAUUCUUGCUACAAACAAAUACUACGUAUGGUUUUCGAAUCGUGUUCCAAUAUUUGUAUCUCCAGUAUGAUGGUGAUGAAGUCCAAAUAGGGACAGGUAACGAUCCGUCUGACAUACAGUCUGUCAUCAAAACUAUCCAUGGAUAUACACAAUACGCUCGUGAUGAUCUUUAUGUAGGUACCAAUGAGAUGUGGUUUACUAUCAUAGCAACAAAGAGUUUCACCAGGGUUAGAAUCGACGUUGAGAUCAUCGCCAUUGACCUAUCAACCUUAUUUGAUUGUUCGAGCUCCAACAUGAGCGUGUCAUCGACUGUCCUGUGCGAUGGGAUUUACCACUGCGAUCACUUCGAGGACGAAUUAGCAUGCAGUACUAAUGAGAUGUGGUUUGCUAUCAUAGCAGCAAAGAGUUUUACCAGGGUUAGAAUCGACGUUGAGAUCAUCGCCAUUGACCUAUCAACCUUAUUUGAUUGUUCGAGAUCCAACAUGAGCGUGUCACCGACUGUCCUGUGCGACGGGAUUUACCACUGCGAUCACUUCGAGGACGAAUUAGCAUGCAGUACCAAUGAGAUGUGGUUUACUAUCAUAGCAACAAAGAGUUUCACCGGGUUAGAAUCGACGUUGAGAUCAUCGCCAUUGACCUAUCAAAUGCUAUGGAACAAGAAGCAGAUAAUGAUCACAGAAGUGCAACAAAGAGCACCAGGACCUGAUCAACAAAUGUAUCUAAUCAGGAACAGGACACCUAAGACCUAA